CCAUCGCCCACCAUGUCUCUCUCCAACAAGCUCUCCAUCACCGACCUCGACCUCAAGGGCAAGCGCGUCCUCAUCCGCGUCGACUUCAAUGUCCCCAUGCAGGAUGGCAAGGUCACUAAUCCCGCCCGUAUUGUCGCAGCGCUCCCCACCAUCAAGUAUGCGGUUGACAAUGGUGCCUCGAAGGUAAUACUCAUGUCCCACCUCGGCCGCCCCGACGGCAAGGUCGUCGCCAAAUAUUCGCUCGAGCCCGUCUCGAAGGAGGUCGAGAAGCAGCUGGGAAAGCCCGUCAUCUUCGUGCACGAGAGCGUCGGCGCGGACGUCGAGAAGGUCGUGAACGACGCCGCGCCUGGGUCCGUCAUUCUGCUCGAGAACCUCCGCUUCCACAUCGAGGAGGAGGGCUCGACGAAGGACAAGGACGGGAAAAAGACCAAGGCGGACCCCGCCAAGGUCAACGAGUUCCGCGAGGGUCUCACGAAGCUCGGCGAUGUGUAUGUGAACGACGCGUUCGGCACCGCGCACCGUGCGCACUCGAGUAUGGUUGGCGUCAAGCUGCCGCAGCGUGCGUCUGGCUUCCUGAUGAAGAAGGAGCUCGAGUACUUCGCCAAGGCCCUCGAGAACCCUGAGCGCCCCUUCCUAGCCAUACUUGGCGGUGCGAAGGUCUCGGACAAAAUCCAGCUUAUUGAGAACAUGCUGGACAAGGUCAACUCGCUUAUCAUCUGUGGCGGUAUGGCUUUCACUUUCAAGAAGACCCUCGACAAUGUUCCCAUUGGAACCUCGCUUUUCGACACUGCCGGAUCAGAGAAGGUCGCUGCCCUCGUUGAGAAGGCGAAGCAAAGAAAUAUCAAAGUUGUGUUCCCUGUCGACUACAUCACGGCAGACAAGUUCGACAAGGACGCAACGACUGGCAUUGCCGAUGACGUCACUGGUAUCCCAGAUGGCUGGAUGGGUCUCGACGCGGGCCCGAAGAGCCGCGCGCUAUUCAAGACCACCGUGCUGGAGUCGAAGACCAUUCUCUGGAAUGGGCCUCCGGGUGUGUUCGAGUUCCCCAAGUUCUCACAAGGUUCGGAGUCCCUGCUCGAGGCAACGAUCGAGGCGGCGCAGAAGGGUGCGACUGUCAUCGUCGGUGGUGGCGAUACAGCGACAGUCGUCGCGCAGCACGGCGCAGAAGACAAGCUCAGCCAUGUCAGCACGGGUGGCGGCGCCAGUCUCGAGCUUCUCGAGGGCAAGACUCUGCCUGGUGUUGCGGAGCUCAGCGAGAAGUAAAUGCACGUUCGAUGAGCAGGGGGAAAGAAUCUGACGUUCGAUGACUAGAAGGAAGGAAAUCAAAACGAUGUUGUAAGAAAACCGCGAAUGUAUAGCUAUAGACUUACUGUACCCUUGCGCUCAGAAUUUAAUUGUAGCUCUGACGUCACACCACA